GACUCAGGCUCUCGGUUCGUUCCAUCCCGCCUUCAUGAGAUUGUAACGUGAUCCCUGCCAUGUCGGGCUGGUUCACCCUCUUCACGAACGCGCGCUAUGUGCUCGAUGGCGAGCUCGUAGAAGACCACCUGGUCAUCUCCGACGAGACUGGCUGCAUCUUAAAGCGAGAGGGCUACAUCGGCGGCGACGUUGUAGACCUGGACGAUAACAUCAUUGCGCCUGGAUUUCUAGAAUUGCACACCAAUGGCGCCAAUGGUUUCCAUUUCACGCACUUCGAGGAUGAAAGGAGCUAUGCGCAGAAUAUGGAUAAGAUUGCCCGGUACUAUGCCACACAGGGCGUCACGGGAUUCUGGGCAACCAUUCCAACUGUCAAGGCCGUCGAGUUUCAGAAGAUCUUGCCUUCCCUCGCGCCGCGCGACAUCCCGACCUCAGCGUCUCUUCUCGGUGCACAUACCGAAGGCCCAUACCUCCACCCCGACAAGAAAGGCGCACACAACUCCUCGCUCUUCCAGAUAUGUGAGACAUCGCCAUCUAUCAUAUAUGGUGCCUCCAACCUCUCCUCUUCCGUCAAGCUGGUGACAGUCGCCCCCGAGCUCCCCAACUCCGCACACCUAAUCAAAACCCUCACAUCCAGCGGCAUUAAAGUCUCCAUGGGCCACUCCACCGCCUCCUAUGCAGAGGGCCUAGCAGGUCUAGAUGCCGGAGCAACGUGCCUCACCCACACACUAAACGCCAUGCCACCGUUCGCGUCCCGCAUCCCAGGUCUAGCAGGCCUGACAUCGCUGCCAUCCACGCAUAAACCACUCGCACCGUGGUACACCAUCAUCCCAGAUGGCGAGCACCUCCACCCAGCCACAGUCUCUCUCCUCUACAAGACUAACCCCAAACGCUCGAUCCUCAUCACCGACUCCAUCGAGCUUGCCUCUCUGCCAGACGGCACGUACCCCGGCCACUCGCAAAUCCCGUUCGAGCAAACAAAAUCCGGAACGAGGGCCACAAUCGCGGGUACCGACACGCUUAUCGGUGGUUGCAUUCCGUUGCAAGAGGGCGUGCGCAAUUUGAUGUCGUGGUCGGGCUGCGGCAUUGCCGAGGCCGUUGGUACUGUCACGGAGAAUGUGGCUGCGUUCAUGGGAAUCGAUGGAAUUGGUGGGAGGGGAGUGCUCAGGGAAGGAAGAAGAGCUGAUCUCUGCGUUUUGAAUGAGAAUGGUGAAGUGUUGCAGACUUGGGUCGCGGGACAUAAAGUGUGGGACAAGGAAGAGGAGGUGGGACGGAGGGAGGCUGAUGGGGAGGCGAGGGGGUAGAAGGACCUAUGGUAUACUGAUAUAGAAUGAGCGUUCACCUGAAGGAGCAUUGUAACUUUGGA